AUGCACCGGUUCGAAGAGCUCCAGUGCAUUGGCCGCGGGAGCUACGGCUCGGCCCACUUGGUGCGCGAGCGCUCGGGCCCCCACGCAGCGCGUCUGCUGGUGGUCAAGAAGAUCCCCAUGGCGCUCCUCUCGGCCAAGGAGAGGCACCAGGCGUUCCGCGAGGCCGAGCUCCUGGCCAAGCUCCAGCACCCGAACGUCGUCGAGUAUAAGGCCAACUUUGAGGCCGACGACGUGCUGCACAUUGUCAUGACGUACUGCGACGGCGGCGAUUUGGCCGACCGGAUCAAAGCACAGCAGGCGACACGGCGGGACGCUCGUGUCGGCCGUCGGAGUGCGGACGGCAAAACCAAUAGGACGGACAAUUGUACGGACAAUGACGACCCACGGGGGUACUUCCCCCUGGCCCAAGUGCUCGACUGGUUCGUGCAGAUGGCAAUGGCCAUCAAGUACCUCCACGACCAGCGCGUGCUCCAUCGCGACUUGAAGACGAGCAACGUGUUCCUCACGACGGCCAACGUGGUCAAAGUCGGCGACUUUGGCAUUGCCAAGACGCUCGACUCGACGCUCGACCACGCGCAGACGAUGGUCGGCACGCCCUACUACAUGAGUCCAGAGGUCUGUGCGAGCAAACCGUACUCGUACGCGAGCGACGUGUGGUCGCUCGGCUGCAUUCUCUAUGAAAUGCUGGCGCUGCGCCACGCGUUCGAUGCACCGAACAUCCUCACGCUCAUCCUCAAGAUCGUGCAGCAAGACUUUGCGCCCGUACCGUCGUGCUACGACCGCCACGUCUCGGACUUGCUGCACAAGCUCCUGGACAAGGAUCCAGCAAAGAGGCCUAGCAUGGACGAGAUCUUUGCCAUGCCGUUUAUCCGCCACCACAUGCAGGGACUCGUGGCUUCCGGCGGCUCACUUAAGGUCAAGCUGACAAACUCUGUACCGCAAAGUCCGCAACAUGGGUCAGGCGUGGCAGGUAGUAGACACCAGCGACGCCCGAAACAGCCAUCGACUCGGCGUCCGUCUCGGGAGAAAAGGAGAAUGCGACAAGCAGCUCGAGCUGGAUCGUCUUCCCAGGCAGCAGAAGUUGCACCGAUGCCAUGGAUACCGAUCGAAUCGCCCGUCAACGACUUGGACAAGCUGGACGAGUGCAACGAUCUCGGGAUGCUGGAGGCGCGCGUCUUGGACGAGUCGCAGCUGAACUUUCGUCCACCAGAGCGCAGCACUACACCAGAGCCGCUUGCACUCGUGACAGAGGAGACACAGUACUCGUCGAUGGCAACACCGCAAGAAGAGUCGCUGCGUGAUGAAGCAGUUGACGAUGAUAGACCCGACGCGAUACCCAAAGCGACUCGUGUCCGAUCACGACCUCAGCAGGAUUCGGAAGACAAGUUGCUGGUCGAACGGAAGUGGGACACAAGCAGCGAGAAGCCGCACGUGAAUGGCGGUGCGUGCCCGCGUAUCAGUGAAGACGUCGAUGGUAACUCCGAUGCCUCACGGUUUCGAGCGGGAACUGAGGAACUGAUGAACCCGAGUUUCCAGUGCAAGUAUAGUGAGGAGUGCACCGACAGCUUGCAGAUACACUACAACUCCCAAGCUUAUAAGGCGUCUGGGCCCAAUGUGCGGGAAAAGCGACAAUCUGAAGAUCUACGACCCAGCGGAGCUGGGGAUCGGACAACACAAAGGGCACGUGGCUCGCGCGGGAUCGGUCGAGCGGCAGACUUGCAAGACAAUGGCAAUAUGGCGGAAUCUUCCACCCUGUCAUUCGACGGCGCUGAAUCAGAGAGUACGGGAGCGCCAUCGCUGAGCGAGAGUUUCAUGAUGCGGGCGCUGGAGCUGGACGCCGACAGUGACGAUGGCGAUGUCUCCUCUGCUACAUCCCUGAGUGACAACGAGGCCGAAGAGAACUUUUACAGCGACGACUCCUCCUUUGAUCGCAGCGGAACGCAGUACAGCGACGACUUUGAAGACCCGGACGCAGAAGUCAUCGAAUACGCGGACGAGGAGUUUGUCAGUGAAGGGGACGAAGAUGACAACGAGCACUCGCGAUACAGCAGCAGAGCAGAGGAGAAGGAACCUGCUUCUGUUUCGAGUGGUUGUCGAAGCCCAAUGGCUGGCUACAGAUCGACGAAAGAUGACAACGCUACUCGUUUCGCGCUCGUACCGAAGCUUGGAGGUCCAGCUGAGGUACAAUGGGUCAUGCGGAAUGUCGUGCAGAGCUUGAUGCUGACAAGUGACGACCUGAACCCGCACGAAAGAGCAUGA